UAAGGAUACUUUUACUUCUAACAAGGUGGAAUGUGUACCGUGUGACCUUGGGUCUCACCCUUAUGUGACUAAAUCGUCUGACCCAAAUGAUUUAGCGGAAAGUGAGAUAAGUGCAUCACCUAUAUCUCCAUCUAAUCCAACUCAUGAUUAUGCUUAUUUCUGA